AUGAGCCCCAAGGAGACCAACGCCGCCACAGUCCUCGAGACAACCCCUGAGACCACCCCCGAGGACUCUGCCCCCAAGCGACCCACCCGAAAGAAACUCCCAGACUCGAAGCCCUCGAAGCCCUCUCCCGAGGAGCCUUCGCCCGAGAAGGAGAAGCCGGCCGCCCGCAAGGCCGCUCCCAAGAAGACCCCCACCUCUCGCAAGCCCAAGCCGGCCCGCCGCCCCAAGGGAAGCAAGAACAAGACCGCCAGGAAGAACAAGCCCCCCGCCAAGCGCAACAAGAACGCCAAGCGCACCACGGCUCACGACCUCCUCGCCUCCAUCCAGGAUGACGAGAUCCCCACCAACGCGCAGGUCAAGGCCGACUACGGCUUCUCGCGCUGCUACAUUACCCUCGACCAGAGCAAGCUCUACAACGUCUACCGCACCGUCCUUGAGGACUCUGAGGUCAAGCCCGAGGAGCUCCACGAGUGGCUUCACCACCAGGAUGGCUUGAAGAAUGUCGCGGCGGAGGUCAAGGCCAAGUUUGAGGCGCUGCUUGGUCCUGAGGAUUAUCAGGGUGAUUACAAGUGGUUUCUUGAGAACCAGUACAUCUGGGACCCCGAGGACCUUGUCAGCGAGGCCAAGGCUGCGCGUGCUGCGAAGGAGUUGAAGGAGUAUUAUGAUGCUCGCAAGCGACCUGGUGACGACUUUGAUUGGUACUCCUAA